AUUGCGAUCUUUUGCCUUCAACUGUUUCUUGGUCCUUUUGGCGCGCAAGUGGCGCGGUUGUUAUUGUAUCGUGGGUUGCUAUUGGAACGCGGUAGAUUUAACACGCACAGAUUUAACGCGGAAAAUACGACGUAAAAGUCAUUGUUAAGACGCAAUCUAGAUUAUAUAUCUCCAUUUGGUUGUGGUUUUGUGCAUACAUCAACAGAACGUUUUAGAUAAAUAAUGUGGACUGCAUGAAGUCCAAUUUCGUAAGAACUUAUUUGUGUGACACAUGAUCUUAUCAGAUCAUUUUUCACCGGAUGUUGACAUCCACUUUCAUGUUUCUUGAGCCCAAAUUCAUACUCUAGCGAAGAGAGGACUGCUUCUGAAGUCAGUGUGAUGGAGUACUCUGAGACCAUCUUGAAGGAGGAGCCAGAUCUGGAUGUUGAGGUGAAACCUUUUGAGUUGCUGUAUCUCAACGGUGCUAAGGAAUUGGAAGAGGAUCCUCUUGCACUAGAUCCAUUAGCUGGGUGUGACGGGGGUAAGAAACCCCUGAUAAACCACUUGGAACAGCUUGUAAAGGAAGAAACAGCCGACACAAGUGAACAUUUGACUUCUGCGCGAUUGGUUGUCAAGCAAGAAGAUGCAGAUUCAUCUAAAGCAUGUUUUGAAGAGCGUGAAAAAAGUGGUGAUGGCAAUGAGAAUAACCCUGAUUUGCCAAAUGAUAUCUCGCAGAUCUCAGAACCUCAACCAAAGAAAGAGAAAAAGUUCAAUUGUGAGUGUGGAAAGAGCUUCAUGUCUUCAAGCCAUUUGGCUCGGCACAAGGUUACUCACUCAGAGAUGUCAUACGCUGGGAACACUAGCGAUUGUCUUCUUCAUUGCCAGUUUUGCAAGCAAAGCUUUAGGCAACUAAGUGAACUUGACAGGCAUCUGCGCACACAUUCAAAAGAGCAACCCUUCUCAUGCCCACAUUGUCCUGAAAAGUUUAGCAAAAAAUCCCAGCUCGCUACCCAUAACAUGAAACACAAGGGACAACACCUCACAUGCGACACAUGCCAGGCUCAGUUCUCCUAUCGAAGUGUGCUCAUUACCCAUGUCAAAAAGCAUAUGUCCGUGGGACCUGUGAAGGAGUGUAAAUGUAAGAUCUGCAAUAGAAUCUUUAAUCGCAAUGAGCACCUCACAAUACACAUGCGGACGCAUACCGGGGAAAAACCCUAUGCGUGUGACUAUUGUGGGAAACGAUUCACUCAGAAUUCUGCUUUGACUGUGCACAAAAGGCAGCACACUGGAGAAGAGCCCUACAGUUGUGACAAAUGUGAUCGGAAAUUUAGAUACAAAUCUGAUUUAACGAUUCACACAAGGAUGCACUUGAAACAAAAACCCCAUUUGUGCGACAUAUGUGGAAAGUCGUUUUAUCAGAGUGGCAACUUAACAGUUCAUAAGCGUCAGCAUACUGGGGAGAGACCAUACAAAUGUAAGUUAUGCCCCAAAUCAUUUUCAACAGGUACUUCAUUUAAUUUGCACAAAAGUAUACAUACCAAAGAAAAUCAGAGAAAAUGUGAAAUUUGCAGCAGUAUUGUAAGUUCGUCUCAUAUGAAAACUCACAUGCGGAUUCACACGGGAGAAAAACCAUAUCAGUGCAGAUUUUGUAGCAUGUCAUUUAGGCAGAGUUCACACUUGAAAAGCCAUGAAUCAAUGCAUUCCCAGGAGAGGAGCUUCAGCUGUAAGAAGUGUGGGAAGAAACUGAGGUCUACAGAAACUCUGAAGCUUCAUAUGCGCGUCCACACAGGAGAGAAACCAUAUAAAUGUGAUUAUUGUGACAAGACCUUUGCACAGUCCACACAGCGUUUGGCCCAUAUGAGGACACAUCACGCUGAGGAAUCACUUUUCCAUUGCGCACACUGUGAAAAAGCAUUCAAUACCAAAAAUCAUCUGAUCAAACACAUAAAGACACACGAUAUCUAAAAAUUCAUGUGGCUCAAGUCGAGGUUAGUGUUGUUUAGCAACAUGUGCAGAUAGGAUAAUGACAAUUUGAGAUGUAUGUAUGCAAGCAAGCAAUAUUUUUUUAUUAGACAAUUGGAAUCAAAAUAAAAGUAUUUUAUGAACAGAAUUAAUUGUAUGUUAUUUUUUGUAGAAAUGAAACUCUUAAUCCAUUUAUCAUGUGAAAAUGUUUGUAAUAAAAUGAGUUAAAAGU